CUUUGUCAACAAAGACAAAAGCACAUUGGAUUUCCAAUACCCUAUUUCCUCCACUUUCAUCCAUUCAUUCAUAUCUGUCUCUUUGUUUCCUUGUUCCUACUUUCUGCUUCUUCAAGUUUCUAAGCUGGAUAUCAUCUUCCACUCUGCAAAUCAAAUCCAACCCUUCAUUACCCUCUUCCUUCUUUCUCUGUCAUUCCAAUUCACAUCAAGAUUCAUCCUUUCUUCUCUUCUUUGGGUGUAUUGUGCUGCGCUGUUUCAUCCUCGAUUCAUGGCCGCUGCUGCUUCUGCAGCUACUGUUUCACAAGUCUUUCAAAACCAUCACAGUGAUAACAAUGGCGUUGAAGUUAGCAGGCAAGAGAUACAGGCCGCCAUCGCCAAGGCUGUGGAGCUCAGAGCUUUACAUGCAGCUCUCAUGCAAGGAAACUACCCUCCAAAUCUCAGAUACCCUUCUUCUUCUUCUUCCUCCCCUGUUUCACGCCCUUUUCCUCUUUUCUCUGCUCAAGAUUACCCUGUUUUCACUCCUAGUUAUGAAGAUGAACCACUAUCUGGAUAUCAUACAAAUAACCAAGCUUUAUCUGAAAGUUGGGAUAAAUAUGGCACUGAAACUGGAUUAUCAGAUUAUAAGCAAAAGGGAUUUUCUCCUGCCUUAGAAUCCCAUAUUUGUCCUGCUGAAGACCAAAGGUCUGUCACUGGCUCUUGUGCAAACCACAUAACUGUCCUACAAACAUCACCCUCCACUAGAAGUAGGAGAAACAGUAUGGGGGAUUUCAAGUCAGUAUCAUCUUGCAAUAGAUGCAAGCCUGCUGUUAUAACAUCUGAAUCCGAGAAUGUCACCAGGCCGGUCAAGAAUUUGGAUCCCGUUGUGCCACUAUCAGAAUCCCAUUCAUCUGUUCAAUCACAACCCAGGAAUCGUGGGGUGAUUUCACGGUUAUUCCCUCGGUUAAAAAAGAAACAGAAGAAUGAGAGUUCGCCUAACCGAACAGAAUCUGAGGAAGUUUCUCAAUUAUUGAAGGACUCUGGCAUGUUGUCGAUUGAAACAUUGAAGAAAGAGUUGUUAGAAGCGAAUGAGAGUAGAGAUGCAGCCUUGAUGGAAGUUGCUGAGGUGAGAUCUUCACUAGGAGAGCUCAAGCAGAAGCUGGAGUAUUUGGAAACGUAUUGCGAAGAACUCAAGAAGGCAUUGAGGCAAGCAACGCAAACAAGGGAUUCUCAAAUCAAUGAAAAGCUAGGAAAUUAUCCUAGGAAGGGGAAAGGCAUAGAUGGGAAUGAAGAAAACUUGAUGCCAGUCAGUGAGGAGGUAAUGGCAGAGGGUUUCUUACAGAUUGUAUCGGAAGCAAGAUUGUCAGUGAAACAAUUCUGCAAAACACUUAUUGGACAGAUUGAAGAGACUGACAAUACUUUAAUAGAGAAUUUGAAUUCUCUUCUUCGACCAUAUAAACUUUCAUUGAAUUCCAAGUACUCUAAGGCAGUAUCAUACCAUUUGGAAGCAAUUAUAAACCAAUCAUUCUACCAGGACUUUGAGAACUGUGUGUUUCAGAAGAAUGGGUCACCAAAGCUGCUGGACCCUCAACAAAAUCGCCAAGCUCAAUUCUCAUCGUUUGUUGGGCUUAGAAAUCUAAGCUGGAAUGAAGUGCUGAGGACAGGGACUAAAUGCUACAGUGAAGAGUUCAGCAAGUUUUGUGAUCAGAAGAUGAGUUUGAUCAUUUCAACCUUGAAUUGGACUAGACCAUGGCCUCAACAGUUGCUUCAAGCAUUCUUUGUUGCAGCCAAAUGCAUAUGGUUGCUGCAUCUGCUUGCGUUUUCAUUCAACCCUCCACUGGGGAUUUUAAGGGUGGAGGAAAAUACAACCUUCGAUCCACAUUUCAUGGAAGAUAUGCUCAUGGAAAGGCAAAAAUCUCAUGGACCCAACCGAGUAAAGAUCAUGGUGAUGCCAGGUUUUUAUGUUCAGGGAAGGGUUUUAAAGUGUAAGGUGAUAUGCAGAUAUAAAAUUGCAGCUUGAUUAAUUUGCUACAAA